AUGGAGACGCUGAUGGAGCGGGAAUGCAGCGCGCUGGGGGGGCUUUUCCAAACCGUGAUGGGCGAUAUGAAGAGCAGCUACCCAGUCUGGGACGACUUUAUCAGCAAGGCUGGCAAACUACAGUCACAGCUCAGAUCAACGGUUGUCGCCGUAGCAACCUUCCUGGAUGCAUUUCAGAAGGUGGCCGACCUGGCCACCAACAGCAGAGGUGGUACCAGGGACAUUGGAUCAGCCCUCACCAGGAUGUGCAUGAGGCAUCGCAGCAUCGAGUCCAAACUCCGCCAGUUCUCCAUGGUCUUUCUGGACUGCCUGAUAAAUCCUCUGCAGGAGCAGAUGGAGGAGUGGAAGAGAACAGCCAACAGUCUGGACAAAGACCAUGCCAAAGAGUACAAGAAGGCUCGUCAGGAGAUCAAGAGGAAGUCGUCAGACACUCUGAAGCUCCAGAAGAAAGCCAAGAAAGCCGACAUGUUUGGUCGUGGGGAUAUCCAGCCUCAGUUGGACAGCGCCAUGCAGGAUGUGAGUGAUAAGUACAUCCUGCUGGAGGAGACGGAGAAGCAGGCGGUGCGGAGGGUUCUGGUGGAGGAGCGCAGCAGGUUCUGUUGUUUUGUCUCCAUGCUGCGGCCCGUGGUGGAGGAGGAGAUGACCAUGUUAGAGGAGAUCACUCACCUGCAGAAUCUGACGGACGACCUCAAGGCUCUGACCAUGGACCCCCACAAACUGCCUCCGUCCAGCGAACAGGUCAUUGUGGACCUGAAGGGGUCAGAGUGCACCUGGGUCUACCAGACUCCGCCCUCAUCACCGAGCACGACCGUAUCCAGGAAGUCCAGCAUGUGCAGCUCUAGUCUGAACAGUGUGAACAGCAGUGACUCUCGCUCCAGCGGCUCUCACUGCCACUCCCCCACCUCCCACUUCCGUUACCGGGCCUCCUCCUCCUCCUCCUGCUCCGCCCCACCCCAGCAGACCCCCGCCCGCCUCUCCUCCAUCUCCUCCCACGACUCGGGCUUCAUCUCCCAGGACUCCUACCCCUCCAAGUCCCCCUCCCCCAUGCCUCCCGACCCCGGCCAGUCUAAAAACAUUGUCAGUGAGGACAAUCCCACCUCCUCUCCCUCCUCCUCCUCCUCCUCCUCCUCACCAACACACAUGGAGCCCUGCCAUGGGCUAAAACAGUUGCCCAAUGGUCUCGACCAUCACGCCGCCCCCUACUGGCACGGAGCGGUACUGCAGGUCCAGGACAACCUCCUCAUGCCUCCAUCCAUCACCCCCUCCUCAUCCGCCUCUCCCAUCUCCUCACCCUCCUAUUCGCCCGGCUCCCCCGGGUGGGCGUGGCCCCAUACAGGCUCCGCCCCGUCAGGGGAGUUCCCACCCUUCUGCCCGCUGGGGGUUGGACUGAUCCCGUCCUCCAGAGUUCCUUCCUGGAAGGACUGGGCCAAACCCGGCCCGUAUGACCAGUCCUCCAUCAACACGUUGAGAAGGACCAAGGACAGGAAGGAGACUACAGAUCCCAGCAGCCCCAUGGGGAGUGAUGUCAGCACCCCGGGGGAGGAGCCACAAAAAGCAAAAGGAAGUAACACUGCAUCAAUGCCUAAGGAAAGGGAGGUCCACGAGGAACUGGCCCGGGUUUUGUCCAGAGGCCUGCAGCUGGACGUCCACACCUACAGCAGAGACUCUCUGCCAGGAUCCAGUGGCUACAACACACAGAACAGCACCCCCUGCUGGUCAGAGGACACAAUACCUUCGCAAGUGUCCGACUGUGACUAUUUCUCCUCGGGAGCAGAACAGGAAGGAGAGCAGCACAAGUUCUCCACAAUUCCCCGACACAGCGACGUCGGCCAGUCCUACCGCCAUAUGUUCCAGUCCAAACGCCCGGCCUCCACCGCCGGCCUCCCCUCCAACCCCUCCACCAUCAUCACCCCAGGUGUAGCGACCAUUCGUCGCACACCCUCCUCCAAACCCAACCUGCGCAGGCCAUCAGGCAACCUGGCCCUGGGUCCCAUCCCCAUUAAACCACCCAUGAUCCCGGUGAAGACCCCCACCGUGCCCGAACAUCCCGGGGGGAGCUUCCCCUGUGACCUGCCACCUCAGAGCCCACUCACCCCUCACUCACCCCCCACCCCCCAACUCUUCCCUGGCCCCUCCACCCUCCAGGUGGAGGGCUCCAAUCCUCCCAUUCCGCCACCACAGCCUGGCAGUCGGGUAGUGGAGCUGGAGCGCCGGCCUCUCCCAGAGGUGCUGGAGGAAACUGAGUUCAGCGAGGUGGAGGACAUUUUGGUGGCGAUCCGUCGAGGCGUCAAGCUUAAGAAGACAAUGACCAAUGACCGGUCAGCACCUAGGAUCUACUGA